AUGUCCCCCGAGGAUCUUGCUGCCCUGCUCUGUGGGGAAGGGGACGAGCGCCUCUCCCAGCAGGAAUUUCCAGCAGCCACGGCUUUUUACCUGGCCGCCUUCAGCUGCUGUGCCCCCACAGCAGUGCAGAGAGUGAACUCCAUGGCCCACGGGCUCUGGGAGCAUGUGGUGGCCACCUUGGAGGCCUGGUGCCGAGGCAAGGCUCAGAUCCCCAAAAUCCAGAGCAGGAACCUGGCCGUGGUGUCCCUCAGCGUGGGAAUAGCUGCGAUUUUCCUCUCCACCCUGAUCCCCAACAACGUGGUGGCCUCCGUGUACGAGCUGGAGGCCCUGCUGCGGCGAGGGUGCUCGGAGGAGGUGGUGAGCAAAUGCAAUCUCCUGCUGGAGGAUAACCCGAGGGGUUCCAUGGAGCUGCUGCUGCUGAGGGCGCUGGCACGGGUGCUCUCAGGGACACAGGUUGGGAAGGGAAUCGUGGAUUACAUCCAAGCCUUUUUGCUGCACCAGACUGAGGCAGUGGCCUACGUGUGCAGCAGGCAAAGGGAGCACCUGCCCCAGGUCGUCCAGGCUUUCUCUGAUCAUCUCUCCACGUGCCAGGAGGGAAGCCCAAGCUGCAGGUCCUCGGAGCAGUGGCUGGGUGACUGUUACAGCUUCCUGGCUGCGGUGGCACCGGGGCACACCUGGGUGUGCAGGGCACGGGCAGCCCACCUCCGAAAAACAGGAGAGUUUCAGGAGAGUGUGGCUGUCUGCAGCAAGGCCCUUGAGGGAUUCUCAGCUGAGAAUCUCAGAGGUGAGGACGUUGUGGCUCUGCUCCUGGAACGUGCUGCUGGGUAUUUCUUCCUUGGAGGAUGCACGCAGGAAAUGAUGCAGGAUUUAGCAGCGGCCUUUGCAGCAGACCCUGCCCAGGCAAUGAAAUGCUUUGAAGAGCUUUUCUCACCCUGUGAUGCUGAGAAGGUCGAGGAGCAGGCCAGAGCUGCCCUGGAGGGGAGGUUUGCAGCAUACAGGGAGGCUGUGCGUGCUCGGGCUGAGCUCAGGGGCACCUGUGGCACUGAGCUGCUCCCUCCUGUCAUCCAGACAAUCCAGCUGCUCCUGCACAUCUGCCCAGGGUCCAGCCGGGAGCUCAGUGUCAGGCUGGCAGACUGUCACCUCCUGCAGGGACACUCCGGGGCCGCCCUGGACAUGUGUGAGCAGCUGCUGGCAGCAGAGCAGAGCACUUACCACAACACCCUGCUGGCACUGCGAGGCUUCUGCUCCCUCCAUGCCCAGGACCAGCAAGGAGCCCUGCAGGAUUUCCAGAGGGUCAUCGAGCACGAGUCCCCACAUCCCAACAGCUGCAUCAAAGCCCUGUGUGGGCGUGGGCUGAUCCGAAUUUCUGGUGGCAGCAAUUACUUGACAGCCCUGGAUUAUAUCACAGCUUGCCAGUUAAAGCUGGAUGAAACCAUCUUCACCAUCAAGUCCUAUGUGCCAUGGAACCAGAGGGGAUUGCUGCUGAAGGUCCUCCAGGAGGAAGGACAGAUGAUGCUCCAGAAAAAGAGGUACCCAGGAGGCAGCUCAGUUUCCUUUCAGAAAAAGCAAACAGGGCUGUGCACAUUCCUAACCUUGGAGGUAGAUGCCCCUGGGGUUUUCCAGCUGGCUUCUCUCUUGGUGGAGCUGGACAGCUCUGAUGAGGCAUCCCAGCUCCUGUGUGCUGAUGCCCUGUACCAGAUGGGCCGUGGGGAAGAAGCCCACAAGAUGCUGUCACUGGCCCUCUCCAGAAACCCCCAGAGGGCUCCUGUGCUGGCCAGGCUGGCCCUGCUGCAGCUCAAGAGAGGCUUUUUGUAUGAUGGCAACCAGCUGCUGAGGAGAUUGAUCAGAAUUGGAGACUCCUCCUGCCUCCUGCCAGUGCUGGACAUUUUCCAGGACGAGGACCGAAAGCUGCUGCAGAGCCACUGCCGCUGGCGAGCCCUGGCCAUCCUCAAGGGCAAACAGGAGGCUGCUGCCAUCAAAGAGGCCAUUGCCCACCUGUCCUUUGCCAUCCUUGCUGCAGGUGGUUAUGCUGAGGAUUGCCUCCUCACCAGGGCCCGAUGCUAUGGGCGCCUUGGGCAGAUGAAAACUGCAAUUUUUGAUUUUAAUGCUGUCCUGAAGGAGGAUCCCAGGAAUGUGCAAGCUCUGAGCGGCCGAGGCUUUGUUCACCUCGCUCUGAGGCAGCAGAAGGAGGCAGUGCAAGAUCUGAUCUCAGCACUGAAGGUGGAGGCAGGAGCAGUGAUCCCAGCAAUCCUGUCCUUGAAGCCUGAAGCCCAAAGGUUGGUCACUGGGUGGCUCCUCCAGCAUGGCAGGGCCACUCUCAGCGAGCUCGUGGCCACCAAAGAUGUCCCAGGAGAAGAAACCCUUGGGGACCUUCUCACGAUGGCAAAAGCACUGACCAAAAUCUGCAGGGCUGCGCAACAUCACAUCUUCUACACUGAUGUUUUGAUGGCAAAUGGAAGGCACCAGGAGGCCCUCAAGCACCUGCAGGAAGCCUUUGGCCACUGUCCUGCUGAGGACUUUGCCAGGGCUCGCUUGGCUGUGCUGCAGCUGCAGAGCAGGAACGUGGCAGGGGCAGCUGCCCCACUCAGCGUCCUGGCCAGGAGAGAUGAGAAGGACUUGGCCUUUCUCCUGAACUUUGUAGACAUCAAGCAACAGCAACAUCUUGCUCAGGCAGCAGCCCAGGAAGGGAAGGUGCUGAUGAAAAGCCAUGACCACCAGCAGGCUCUGGGCUACCACAGCCUGGCUGUGCUGGCCAGCAGGGCCAGCCCCAGGUACCUGAGGCGCAGAGCUGCCUGCCUGAUGCACCUGAAAAAAUACGAAAAAGCUCUGAAAGACAUGGAAAAAGUGAUCCAGGGGCAUGGGUGUAACAGCCCAAAAACACAGGCUGGGGACCACUGCUGCCAGGGCUUCCUGCUGCUGGCCCUGGCUCGGGAGGAGGCAGCAGUGCAGCACUACAUGCAAGCCCUGCAGCUGGAUGAGCCCCUGGCCCUGGGCACCAUCACUGAGUGCCCCGGCAGGGAAUGUUUAACCAAAAUAUUUCACAAAGUUGCGCAAUAUAACUUUGAAAAGCAGCGUUAUGAAGAGGCCUGGAAAAUCACAGACUAUGGGCUUAAAAUUGAUAAAAGUUCUGAGCUCCAGAAGCUGAAAGCAAGACUCAAAAGAGAGGCAUCGAGCUGUAGCAUACAUUGAUUUCUCUGUUUGGGGGUUUUCCAGUAUGAUUGCUUUCUGGGAGGCUGCAAGAAUGAAGGAAAGAUGAAAAAGAUAAGAAAGAUGAGAAGCUGAUGAUAAAUAUGCAGCAGACAUGACACUGAACAUGGAGUAGAAAGUUUAAGGCAGCAAAACAAAACUGACCAAGAGAGCAAUGAAGAAAAAAAGCAAAUUGCAACAUUCAGGAUUCCUUAAAAUUAUUGUGGACUAUGUAAACUCCCCAUUGUGAAAAAAAGCCCUUUUUUCUGGCUAAACAACAAAUUCUAACACAGGGGUUCCAGUCCUACUGAAGAAAAACAUUCAAAACACUUGCAGCUCAUGAAUAAUAAUCAUGUAUUUCCUAGCUAGCAUUUGAUGAGCUUUAACACAUACUGUUCAAUCAAUUCACCUUAUUUUUAAGGGCCAGUUAAAAGGAUCAGUCAAAAGCAACUCCUGUAAGGUGUUUGUGAAGGCUCUGUCUGUUGGUUACUACUGGAAGGAAAACAUGAUCCAAUUUUUUUUUUCCAGCUUGCAAAUGGAGCCAACAGUUGUUUAAGGAUAUAAUUUCAUGCUUGGAAAGAAGCUCUCCCACAGCAUCUUGAUGCCCAUUAUGGGGAAAAACCUCAUCAGUGUCACUAGGAUUAAAAUUUAAUUUGAAGGGGUGUGUUACACCCCUCUCCUGCCCCACUCCUGGAUGAAGGAUCUGCCCUGGUGGGAAUGCAGUGGAUUUGCCAGGAUCAGCACCAAUAUCAGGGAUGGGGCAGCACAAACCCCAGAUAAACUGUUCUACUGCCCCAAGGAAUAGUGAAAUAACAGAUAAAACUGUUCUACUGCCCCAAGGGAGCAGUGAAAUAACAGAUAAAACUGCUCUACUGCCCCAAGGAAUAGUGAAAUAACAGAUAAAACUGUUCUACUGCCCCAAGGAAUAGUGAAAUAACAGAUAAAACUGUUCUACUGUCCCAGGGGACAGUGAAAUAACAGAUAAAACUGCUCUACUGCCCCAAGGAAUAGUGAAAUAACAGAUAAAACUGUUCUACUGCCCCAGGGGGCAGUGAAAUAACAGAUAAAACUGUUCUACUGCCCCAGGGGACAGUGAAAUAACAGAUAAGGAGAAAGGUGAGACUCAACAGAGAUCAAACAUCCACUCAGGAACUCCUGCCCUGAUAUCCACUCCAGGCUUCACCUCGGUGUCUCCCUUGGCCAGCAGAUAACAGGGAUCAUCUCUCCACGGACUGAUCAUCUCUGGUGUCUGCCAGAGCUGCUGAAUCCCAUCCCUCACACUCCUGGGUGUUCAAACCCCAGAGGCAGCCCUGCAGCUCAUCCUUGCACAAGAGGAGGCAGCAUCCAGAGUGGGAUUACUCCCAGAGCUGCAGCAUUCCUUCCUUCCUCCUCCUCCCUGCUGAAAAAGGUGGAAUCAGCCCCUGGCAGGCCCAGGAGGGCUUGUCCUGCUGUUCUUUUCCUUUUUCCAGCUUUCAGGUGGACUUGGGGCAGUGCUGGGACAUCCCUGGGUGUUCACCUGUGUGAUGGGAGCCCUCAGCUCAGCCCAGAAGCAGAAAGGACCUGAGGUGGGGCCCAGAGCAGCAGCUCCUUCCUUUGUUUUGGCUGCUCCAAAAGAGUUGUCCCAGUGUUUUUGGAGUGUGGUAAUAGAACCAUGGAGAAAAACAGAAGCUACUGCUGAAAACAAAGAUUAAAGCAAUGCUGAGGAGUGCUCUGCUGCUUUGAUUAGGAUGAAAGAGAAGAGGGAGCAUUCUCUUUUUUUGUUGAGCUGUUAUCUCAAAGGCAACAUUCCAGGGUGGGACUUCAUUCAGCAGCCAUGGGAUCAGCCCACAGCAAUGACACCACCUUGAACCUUCCACCUUCUCCUCUUCCCUGCAUGCUCCUUUUUUCUGCCCUAAGAGCACAGGUAAGACUGGGCUUCUUGCCCUUCAAACUCCAUUUUAAUCCUAGUGACACUGAUGAGGCUUUUUCCCCAUAAUUGGCAUCAAGAUGCUGUGGGUGAGCUUCUUUCCAAGCAUGAAAUUAUAUCCUUAAACAACUGUUGGCUCCAUUUGCAAGCUGGAAAAAAAAAAUUGAUCGUGUUUUCCUUCAAGUAGUAACCAACAGACAGGAAAUUCUGUCUCAAGAAAAUUUUUGAGAAGUGGUUGUUUAAGGCUUUGUAAUUUUUUCUGGAAGUCUUUCCAUUAUGUAAAAACAAGAUAUCCCACUUUUUUCACACCAUGGAAAGCACUGGGAAGACAACCCAUUUGUUCUGUCCCCCAGAGUAAUAUUCCCUCCUGUAGUCUGUAAGAUUGGGGCAUUUUGGCCUUGGUUUUUUUGUCAAGCAAUGUAUUCUCCUGGACAGAAUGCAUUUAUUGCCCCAAAAGAAUUUUUUUUUCUUUAAAAAUAAGGACCACAGGCAUUCCUGCAAGACUGCUAGAGAGUUGUCCUGAGGAAAAAUUCCUUUUCGGGUGACUGCCUAUUCCUCAUGGCCUUGAGGAAUGGCUGCUUCUCCCAGCACCUUCUGACUCUUCUCAUCAGCAUUUUCAUUGGUUUCUUUUAUUUUCCUAGUCCUCUGUCUGUGCCCACUAAAGUCCUUUGCCUGUACCCAAGCUGCUGAUUUAUUCUUUAAUUCUCUGCUGUGUUCUUACUCUUCCAACCCAUUUCUAGGAGAGGGCUUGGAGCAACCUGGACAGUGGGAGGAAAAAGCCAUUUUCUAAACAAAAAAAAAAAAAAACACAAACAAACAAAACCACAAAAAAACCCUCAAAACCAAAACAAAACACCACAACAACAACAACAACUGGUUCUACUUCUUCCAGAUCGAAGAAUCUAG